CUCUAUUGGGCAUUAUUGACAUUGAAUUACAUUGCAACUACAAUUAAAUUAAAUUCAAAUCCAAUUAGCAACCAUAGGGACUGACGAGGUUGACCCAGUUGGCAUCAUGGAUGCGGAGCAGCUGAAACGGCUUGAGCGCAAGGAAACAGCUCACAUCCCCGACAUACUGAGCGAGUUUAAUACAAAGAAUGCAGAUCUGCUGGUCUUCGAUAGCUUCCAUACGGACAACCAGUGGCAUGACCUCUGGCUGGCCAUAUUUGGCAUUCUCGAUGAUGCGACGAUGGCAACGCUGCAUUCCCAAUGCCUGAACACUGUGCGCAUCUUGACCCGCGACGAGUUUAGCCUGCAGACGCACUACAUCGAACAGGAGCUGAGCACGCUGCUCUCCCUGGCCCGUAUUGAUGCCAGCAGCAUCGAGGUGGACUUGGAUGAGGAGCUGAGUGAUGCACAGGCGAACAUCACGGCGGAGGCAUUGAAAUGCCUGUGUAAUCUGGUUUAUCAGAGUGCCGAUUGUCGGCGUCAGUGCUUGCGGCAACAUUCCCUCGAUGCGAUUGUGAAGCGUUUGGCCACCGACUCUUCCAUGCACAACUAUCCAAGUACUUUGGAAUACUACGACUUGAAGUUGCUGUUUCUACUCACGGCACUGGAGCCAACUGCACGUACGCGCCUCCAAAUUGAUCUCAACGGUCUGAUUUACAUGACCAAGUGGCUGGACGACAAGUUGGCCGAGUCUGCCACUGUCACCAGUGACGAGCAGCUGAACAUUAUCUGUGAGCUGCUCAAGGUAAUGUUCACGGUGACCAGUGCUCCGGAUAAGAGUCCAAACGAGUACGAAAUCCAAAGUCUCCAUUUAACGGGCGUCUUGCGAGAGUUGCUGUUGCGUUUUGGAUGCCUAUCCACGGAACGAGAACGCGCCGUUGUAACGCAUGCCAUCAAUUUGCUGACCAACAUUUCCGGUAGCUGCCUCUCCGAGCUCACGCUCAAGUGCAGCAAUGAAACUGAAACGGAGUCCGUACCGAGUGCAGCUACCGAGUGCAUUGCUGGCGCCGCACAGUCUCCGGGCAAAUGUUGUGCCGUAUGCUUUGAGAAGCGUAACGUGCGCUGUCUGGAGGUGCUGCUGGAGUAUCUGCGUGGUGGACUGGCCCAGCAGGAGACGGAGGCUAGCUCCCAUGAGCUGCUGUCGCCAGUGCUGACCGUGUUGGUGAAAUGUGCGCGCAGCAAUCGAAUUAUGCGUCAUUAUUUGCGCAAGGAGAUACUGCCGCCACUAAAGGAUGUCAGCCAGCGUCCAGAGAUUGGCCAUGAGCUGCGCAAUCAUUUGUGCCGCUUCCUAACGCUCCCCGCCAUGAUACUACGCGACUUGGCCGCCGAACUGCUGUUUGUGCUGUGCAAAGAGGAUGUCGGUCGCAUGAUCAAAUACACGGGCUACGGCAAUGCGGCGGGUUUGUUUGCAAAACGUGGCGUGCUCGACUGUCGACGCAUCGAGGGUGCCGACUAUUCGUCGGACAGCGAGGACAGUGACACGGAGGAGUACAAACAGCAACAGCAGAGCUUCAAUCCAGUGCUGGGCUGUGUGGAGCAGCCCAAACGUAAUCCACUCGAAGGCAUGUCCGAAGAGCAAAAGGAAUACGAGGCACUGCAACUAGUCAAUCUGUUGGAGCAACUGCGCAAGGAUGGCAUCGUGCAGCCGGCGUUAAUUGAUAAGGAUGGCAAACCACAGCCGUUGGAACAUAUUCUCCAAUUGCAGGAGGAGUUGCCGCAACAGCAACUUGAGCAGAAGCGCAAAACUUAAACCUCGGAUCGAUCGCAUCGAUCGCAAAACGUUCAACAUGCAAAACAAUCGUUUGGGGUCUUCCAUUUUGUGGCAGCAACGGACGCGUCUCCCACGCUGCAAAGUGUCAGACAGACAGUCACACUUAAUAAAUGGAUCACUGCAACACUUUUAUAUACAACAAAAAAAAAAAAAAUUAAAAUGCGGCCGGAAAAAAACUUUUAUAAGCAAAUCCCCGUUGCCGUUUUCAAUCUAAUAGAAAAAUUUAACUAAGUUUUUGGUGUACUCGUAUAAGUAUUAAGUAUUUAGUGCGUAUAAUUCCAUUAUACAUUUAUCUAGGUAGAGAAUAAAAAGUCGUUACUUUUUAACUCAAUUUAUCAAUGUAUUUAGGUGUAUGUAUGUAUGUACAUUUAUAAUAUCCUUCAUCGUACAUUUAUUAAUUUAACGCUUACGUUUAACAACCAAAAAUUAAACUAUAAUCAGUUCCAAGAAUUUAAAACAUUCGCUUUAUAUGUGUUAACUACAUCAUUUUAUUGAUCUUAUAAUCGAACGAAGCUAUUUUCAAAUUUUCAUUUUGUAUGCAUACAUUAAAACCUAUAUAGAGCUUUAUUGUGUUCAAUCUUGAUAGUCAGUGGGCUGGUCUAGCUGCCCAUCGAAUUGCAAUUAAACAAUACAAAUACAUAUAUAAAAAUGUAUUUACCAUAUAUAUAUAUACUAUAUACAGAAACACACAAACACACACAUAAAUGUAUUUCUAGUUGUUGAAACUAUCUACAUGCUAUAUGCUUAAUAAUAAAAAUUCUCAGUGAACAUCUUGCAAAA